AUGUUCGGGAGGCGGAAAAGGCGCACAGCUGAGGGGUUUAGAUUUGGAGCUUUCAUGGCUUCGCCCGGCCGUCUCUGGCUUGGCUCCUGGGCGCGCUUCCUAUUGGGCCAGCGCCUCGCGCCGUACGUCCCCACACCUCCGCACGUGGUUCGGGAGAUGCUUCGGCUGGCUCGUGCCGGACCUGACGACGUGGUUUGCGACCUGGGGUGCGGCGACGGGAGAUUGCUGGUGGAAGCCGCACUAAGACACGGGUCGAGAGGGUUCGGCGUGGAUUUAAAUGCGGAGUUGCUACGCGCAGCUGAAGAAAACAUUCGAAGUCACGGAUUGGCUGACCGAAUUACAGUCUCUUGCCAGGAUGCACUGAAGGUGGACCUUCACGAAGCAACAGUGGUAACCCUAUACCUUAGCGAAUUUGGUAACCAGCAGCUGGUGCCUCGCCUGCAGUUCCAGCUGCCUCCGCACAGCCGCGUCGUCUCCUUCUGCUGGAAGUUUCCUGAGAAGUUUCGGCCGGUGGAGGAGAGGAGAAUAGAUGGCAUUCCGCUCUACUUGUACAAGUUCUCUCUUCCCAUGCUCGAGUCUAUUCUCACAUUAGUGCUGGCAGCAAGGAGGGAGGAGCGUUGGGAUGUUGCCAUUUGCCGGAGCAGCAAGGAGAGAGGGGGAUAUGUGUCUUGUGGCGCCUCAAGAGUGGAGGAGAGAGGGGAGGAGAGAGGGGAAGAGAGAGGGGAAGAGAGAGGGGAAGAGAGAGGGGAAGAGAGAGGGGAAGAGAGAGGGGAAGAGAGAGGGGAAGAGAGAGGGGAAGAGAGAGGGGAAGAGAGAGGGGAAGAGAGAGGGGAAGAGAGAGGGGAAGAGAGAGGGGAAGAGAGAGGGGAAGAGAGAGGGGAAGAGAGAGGGGAAGAGAGAGGGGAAGAGAGAGGGGAAGAGAGAGGGGAAGAGAGAGGGGAAGAGAGAGGGGAAGAGAGAGGGGAAGAGAGAGGGGAAGAGAGAGGGGAAGAGAGAGGGGAAGAGAGAGGGGAAGAGAGAGGGGAAGAGAGAGUGGGCGUUUCAGCGGAAAAAGCAGCAGGAGAGAGGUUGCUUCCAGAAGGAAGGUUUGUUUCAGCAGUAAAAGAGAGCAGGUCAGUGGCAGGGGUGGGGGUAGUAGAGCUAGUGGUGCUAGUGGAGGGGAGUGGGGUGGAGAGGAGUGGAGAUGUGAGGAGGCGGGCAACCAGAGACCUCUGA